AUGGGUCUCCUCUCCUAUGUCGGCCUUCGGCGCCGUAAUCAAUGGGAGCCCAUGACUCUCGUUGACCACUUCCUAUCAUCACCUCUAACAUACAUCGCCUACUUAUUCUACCACAUUGUACUUCUUCUCCGUGGUCGUCCCUUUUUUCCGCCUCGCAACAAGCCCGCUAUUCGCGUUGUCUGUAUCUCAGACACACACGAUCUCAAAGUCGAUAUUCCCAGGGGUGAUAUUCUCAUUCAUGCAGGUGAUCUCACAGAUGCUGGCACCGUAUCAGAUAUCCAGAAGCAGCUCGACUGGCUCAAGGAACAGCCCCAUCCUGUCAAAGUUGUCGUUGCAGGUAACCAUGAUAGCUGGUUCGAUCAGAAGAGUCGCCCUGAAGAGGAUGCACGCUCAGGUGCAAAGCCUGACAUGGACGGUCUUAUUUACCUUGAGAGUGGUUUGACUGUGCAAAAAGUCAAGGGUCGGACAGUCAACAUCUUUGGCGUGCCUGAUAUCCCAGAGAUCGGCCCUAAAGAGUUUGCUUUCCAGUAUGCUACUGAUAACCACCCCUGGUUGAGCAAGGUGCCACCUCAAACUGACAUCCUCAUCACUCACUGUCCUCCUAAACAUCAUCUUGAUCUUGGCCUGGGCGACAGCAACCUUCUUCGUGAAGUCUGGCGUGUGAAGCCCCGUCUCCAUGUCUUUGGUCACGUCCAUUAUGCCUAUGGCAAGGAAUCCGUCUUUUUUGACAAGUUCCAGGAGACAUAUGAGCGUAUCAUGUCACGACCCCGUCGUGGUCCCAUUCUAGAUUUUAUCCCCAAUGAGGCCUGGCUCGAUUAUCUACGUUUCCUGGCUCAGGGAGUUCACGCCGUGGCCUGGAAGUGGAUCAUGUCUGGACCUGGAAGUAAUAACGGCAGCUUGAUGGUUAAUGCUGCUCAGAUGAAAGGAAACUCAGGUAAGGUUAAAAGCAGGGCCGUUGUCGUUGAGAUUUAA